GCAGCCGCCGCCGCCGGGAGGGAAGGAAAGAUUAGGAAGGAAGUAGGCAGGGAAGGCGGGAGGGAGGGAAGAUGGCCGAGUCCCCGGAGGAGGUGGCGGUGCUGGUGCAGCGGGUGGUGAAGGACAUCAACAACGCCUUCAAGCGCAACCCACACAUAGAUGAAAUUGGAUUAAUUCCCUGUCCUGAAGCCAGAUAUAAUCGGAGCCCCAUAGUCCUAGUAGAAAACAAACUUGGCGUGGAAAGCUGGUGUGUUAAAUUUCUUUUGCCGUAUGUCCAUAACAAACUCCUUCACUAUAGACAAAGAAAACAAUGGCUCAACAAAGACGAAUUGAUAGAUGUCACCUGCACAUUGCUGCUAUUGAACCCAGACUUCACUACUGCAUGGAAUGUAAGGAAAGAAUUAAUAUUAUCUGGCACUUUAACUCCAGUUAAAGAUUUACAUCUUGGAAAACUGGCGCUAACUAAGUUUCCAAAAAGUCCAGAAACGUGGAUUCACAGACGAUGGGUGCUGCAACAACUAAUUCAGGAAAACUCCUUGCCCACUCUUGUGACUAAAGGGAAUUUGGAAACAGUACCUACGGAAAGAGUACAGUGCUUAGUGAAAGAAGAAAUGGAUGUUUGCUGUGAAGCUGCUGGACGAUAUCCAAGUAAUUAUAAUGCCUGGUCUCAUCGCAUCUGGGUUUUACAGAACAUGGCAAACCUCAGUACCAAGAUUCUUCUUGAUGAACUCUCUUCUACUAAACAUUGGGUUUCCAUGCAUGUUUCAGACCAUAGUGGGUUCCACUACCGCCAGUUUUUAUUAAAGUCUUUAAUUGGUAAAACUGGGACGGACUGUUCCAUACAUCUGCACAAUCAGCAAGCACCCUGUGUUCCAAAAGAUGGAAGAGAAAAUGCUGAUGCAGAAGCUGCCUGUGUGGAAGAACAUCAGCCUGACUGCACUCUUCUUCUAAAAGAAGAAGUUGACCUCUGCACUGAUUUGAUUAAUACUUUCCCAGGGCAUGAAACCCUUUGGUGUCACAGACGGCAUGUGUUCUGGCUCCAGCACCACUUAAAGAACAAGUUUCCACUUCCAAGCCUCUGGUCUACUGCUGCAAACAUUGGAGAUGGAACACUGAAUAACUUACACCCUGGUGGAGCACUUGGUCAUGUGACUCAAGCCAUGGAUGUUGACAGCCUGAUUGAAGCCAAUAGACAAGGCUACACUCAAGAAACUAAACGCCUGAAACGUGCACCUAUGCAGGACUCUGUCAGUCUAGAAGCAGAAUACAGGUUCAUUGAUCAUGUUUUAUCAACGUGUAGAGAGGUAGAGCAGGCAAGGUUUGCUGGUGCAUACAGAAAGUGGUUGGUUUCUUUUCUAGGUCAAUGAAGGUGGAGAUUUAAACAUAAACAAAAAACCUGCAGGGUCCUUUGUUUAGUGCAAUAUUCUCUUUUCUUGCACAGGUGCACAUAAUGGCCCCUGGCACUUUUCUCUCUUCAUUGUUGUCAGUGCUAAAUUUUAUUUGCCAACCAUGGCUGUAGUUUAACUUAAUUUGUAAAUGCACCCUGGUAUUGAGCAUUUAAGUUUUAGUAAAUUUCUGUAUGUUUAGAGGGAUAGCUUCCUAUUACAAAACCCCUGAAUUCUAAUACAAACUAUGUACCAUUUCCCACUUAAGAUAAAUAGAACUUUUAAAGAAACUAAUGAAAUUGGAAAGCCAGGAAAACAAAGCUUGGGUCCACUGGUGGAAAACAAAUUCAUUUCUGAAUUUCUCUCACAUAACAAAUGUACAUAAUCAAAGGCAUUGACCACUGAAGGCAAUGAAUAAUCAUUAGUAAUAUCUGUAUAAGUAAGAGUUUAGGCCAGUUUGGUUUUAAGUGCUAGUCUUUUCAUUUUAUCAUUGCAUUGCUUGUCUUGUACCACUGAUCUUUUGUAAAUGUUCAGGGUGCUAUCAGCCAGUUUUUCAUGUUUAAAUUGCUCUUAACAACCAUAAAGUACUGUGGCUUAUACUCUCAUUUUAGUGCUAAUUCUAAUGGCCUAUAAUUAGUAUGAAAUGGUAGAGCAAUUAUGAGAAGAACCUUCCUCAUUCUCAGAAGCUCUCUCUUUCUCAUUCUCUCGCAAUCUCUCUUUUUCUCUCUCUCACACACACACCUACCUAUACUUGCUCCUACACACACACACAUUUAUUAAAGUUCCUCCCUGCAUAUUUUUCUUUUACCUGGGCCAUUGUUAGUGAUUUAUGUUUCAAAAUAUAUUGUGAACACUACAGUUACCCAAAGCUUCCAACCUAUGAUAUGGCUUAGGUAAUAACACUAGAGAUAUGGAGGAUGAAAAGAAUUAAAAUGACUGCUUGCCACUUUUUAUGCGUGUUUAAACAAGAACAAGUUUUCCCCCCUGUAGAUGUUCUCAGUUCUCUCAUUGACAAGUAGUGUUCUCUUCAGCCUCCUUGUCAUAACUUUUUCUUAUUAUUUAUACAUCCAUCAAAUGUACACUGAGGCAGAAAUUAAUUUUCUUCUUGACAAGCUGUUCUUAUUUAUUGCUUUGUUAACAGCACAGUGAAGUAUGAUUGAUUUGUACUGGUAUUAAUGGUAAACUACAUUAGAGAUUCCUAAACCUUUAUAGUACAGUAUAUACCAUGAUAAAUGCAUGAAUACAGCCCACUGUACAUGACUCCAGUGGUGAAACCCAUGUGUACUCCAAAGAAAAAUGCUUAUGAACAAGGUUCCACAUUUAUUUCAGUCAGAGUAGUAGCUUCUGUUUGCUUCUGGUCAGUAGGGAAGUCAUUGCAUAGCUGAAGAGUCAGUUCCUAAGGAUCUGUCCAGCAGUAUAAGGGAACACUACUAAUUAUAUAACUUGCAGUGUGUGCAGGCACACAUGUGAAAGGCCAUGAAUCAAGUUCUCCUUGCCUGAAAAAAUAGCAUGCCACUUUUAAAAGGGCUCAUUUUAUGGGUUUAUCUCAGAGCUUACCAGUUGUACAGAUCCAGAUGUCCGUGAAACAUUUCCAGUCACAGUUGCAUCUGUUUUCUUUGCAUGCCAAUAAGCAAUGCAUAGAUCUAGGGAAGAAAGUAGUAGCAGCAGCAGUAGUAGUAGAAAUGUUGACAGCAGCUGAAUAGUGGCUUAAUGGUGUAAUGACAAAUUAAUUCACCAAAGGCAGAAAAGGUAUAGGGUAAUGAUUUCUCUAGCUGUCAGAAAAACAAAAGUAUGAUGGGAAGAUAAGGAAAUGGGGCAGUAUUUAUUAAAUAUUGCCCCUGUCAGAGCUUUGGUCAACCUGUGUCAAUCCCUUGUUGUGCUCACUUCCUAGAAGGUGUGAAACUUAACUUUUGGAAUUUUAAUGCACAUUGUAACUUUUCUAGGUAUGUGGCUGUGAUAUGGCUAGUGUUGUCUGGCUAUGUCACAGUGUCAUCAUGGAUACUUCUUAACUCAAAAUGCUAUCUUCUCAGCACUAGGUUGGUGCAUCCUCCACUCAUUGCAGAAGAAUCCUCUCAUGAUCCCAGACACCCCCAUCUCACCUACCCACCUUUAAAUAAGUAAAAGAUGUGAAACAGUAGCCAAUAGAUGGGCAACAGCAACUCCAUUUUUGUCUCAUUUUGUCCAUUCCUUGGGUUUCACCAUAUGGAUGUAUGUAGAGAUAAAAUGUUAAUGAAAUAAGAAACGUGGAUGCAAUAAAAAAAAGUUUGUGGUGGGCA